UCCUGGGACCAGCUGCAGACGCGGUGUCGCCAGGAAAAGGUGUCCUGUAAGCUCCUUGGUGUCAGCAAGAACAACAUCAACGACUAUGAGGUGGAGUACCUGUGCGACUACAAGAAGACGAAGGUGAGCGGCGCGCGGGUGCUGAAACCGAUUCGGAUCCGCCCCCACAUCGCGUGUGAUGCUGAUGUCACUGCCCGGGGUAGCUGCAGUUGAUAUCGCGGACGUGCAUGCCACAGGUAAACGCAGGGCGCACCCACACGCUCGGCUCCCUGGCUAAACUGCUCAGGAGUAAAAAGGAGGUGGAGUUCUACCUGGUGAAGUGGAAGGACUACCCCGAGUCGGCCAACACCUGGGAGCCGCGGCGGAACCUGAAGUGCUUCAAGCUGCUGCGGCAGUUCCGGCAGGACAUGGAGGCGGAGCUCCGGCGGCGGCGGAAGCGCCUGGGCGGCAAGCGGCUGGACCCGGGCGUGGCGUCCUACCUGGCGCAGCGCGCCAAGCAGCGGCAGCGGCUGCAGCGCUGGGAGGCGGAGCUGAACGCCACCAGCAGUCACAAGGGCCGCAUCUUCGUCCGCAACGACGCCGACCUGGACGGCCCGCCGCGCGACUUCACCUACGGCAACAACUACCGGGCGGGCGACGGCGUGUCGCUGACGGAGGUGGCGGCCGGCUGCGAGUGCUCCGACUGCCUGGGCGCGCCCGUGGGCGGCUGCUGCGCCGGCGCCGCCCUCCACCGCUUCGCCUACAACGAGCGCGGCCAGGUGCGGCUCCGCGCCGGCCUGCCCAUCUACGAGUGCAACUCGCGCUGCCGCUGCGGGCCCGACUGCCCCAACCGCGUGGUGCAGCGCGGCAUCCAGUACGACCUGUGCAUCUUCAAGACCCCGGACGGGCGCGGCUGGGGCGUGCGCACCAUGGAGCACAUCCGCAAGAACUGCUUCGUCAUGGAGUACGUGGGGGAGAUCAUCACCACGGAGGAAGCGGAGAGGAGGGGACACAUCUACGACAGGCAAGGCGCCACGUACCUGUUCGACCUGGACUACGUAGAGGACGUGUACACGGUGGACGCCGCGCACUACGGGAACAUCUCUCACUUUGUCAACCACAGCUGCAACCCCAACCUGCAGGUGUACAACGUCUUCAUCGACAACCUGGACGAGCGGCUCCCCAGGAUCGCCUUCUUCUCCACGCGGCCAAUCAGAGCAGGGGAGGAGCUCACGUUCGACUACAAGAUGCAGAUCGAUCCGGUGGACGCGGAGAGCACGAAGAUGGACUCUAACUUCAGCCUGGCCGGCCUCACUGGCUCUCCCAAAAAACGCAUCCGCGUGGAGUGCAAGUGCGGGGUGGAGUCCUGCAGGAAGUACCUGUUCUAACAUACCCCCCCCCCCCC